ACUACAUAGGACAAUAUAGAGUAAACAAUACCCCACACUCGGCACGAUGCCGGCGGACAUAGUGACUACGGAGCAGCUGCGCUACCAGCUUGCCUUCAGCCAUGCCAUGGAAAGGACCACGCGGCACUGGCAGGAGACCUUCUCGUGGUACCCGCGGAUGCAGUGCUGCCACUACCAGCGGAUCGACCAGAUCUACCUGGAGAGUCGCCAGCGGUAUGGCGACAAGCACUUCCUUGACUACGCCAACCGGAAGCGCUUGCUCAAGAAGUACAUGGUGACCGCCAGGGAUGUGACAGACACUUUGGAGGAGCGAAGGACGCUGGAGAACGAUGGCAUCGUGGGCAUACGGGUGGCGGCCACCGAGAACGGAGAGUACGGCCGGAUGAAGCCGGCGAGUAUUUACUUCUGCUAGGACUCCCUGGAGCCAACCACUCUCUUCAGCCUCUCAGUCUCCCCCAAUCCUCGCCAGAGCCACUGACGAUUAAACUAUCAUCGUCUGCUGACAAUGCAACUCUCAAUGGCCGUCACUCAUUACGCGAUUUUUGCAUGACCGUGCGCAUAAUUAACAAGGUGAAAAUGUCAGUCCGACCUGUAACCGGUUGUUCCGGCCCCUCCGCCCUAGCGAGUGCUCACUGUACCCUCUCCUAUUCUGAUGCGCCUGAAAAGUUCGCACAGGUAAUUAAGUGAUCGCGUCUGUCCACUCGAUGAGAUGACUCGCCUCGUUUGUUCGGCUUGGAAACUGUUUUACGGCGCCCAUAAAAAUGGGAAAUAUUCCGCGAGAGCAUGAUAUGGCACACAUUUACAACCGCACUUGCAGGUGCUUUGCAUUAAUUAUUGAUUCAAUCCGGUCGUAAGAUCCGAUCACUCGGAAAAGUCACAGCAGCCGGUUGACUUAGAUUUCGGAUAGUUAAACUUACUAACUCUGCAAUAAAUGCUUCAUA